CGCUAUUCUGGUCAGAGAAUACGAAGCAGAAGUUCCAGUUAUGUUGAUUUGGCAAAGUUCAAAAUAAAAGAUAAAUCAGAAGUAAAUUUCUACUAGAAAACGUGGUGCAUCUAUAAAUUUCUGUUAAUUUUCACUGGUUUUUAUAAGCUUGAUUGCCUGUUUGUAGCGAGAUGAAGCAAGAAAAUUGUUCUUCCACGAAGCCUUCUUCAAUUAAACCAAAAAAUGGUCGAGUACGAAGAAGACCCCGUCAUAAUAAAGCAAUUCUUAAGAAUGUAGAUCAAAAAAUAUAUAAUUCUUUAAUAGAUAUGGGAUUUGACAAUAACCAAGCUACUCAAAUGUGUAAAAAACUGAGUGAGUCGCAAGCAAAGAAAAACUUUCAAAGAAAGGAAGAAAACACUAAAAAUUUUUCGAACGCAGACCCGAAAAUCAAAAGUCCAUUACCAGAGGUAAAAAUAGAAAAGAUUCCAAUUGAACAAACUGUAUUUAGUAAGAUAGACGGGCCUGUUAUUGUUAACAUUGCUGAAACAAAUUAUCCCGAUGUGUUCCUUAGCUUGCAACAGAAAUCAAUAAUUCAAAAUGAAAUAAUGGAAACUUUAUUAGAACAAGAAGAUAAAGAUGUUAAACCACAAUUUAGAGGUUGUUCAAAUAAACCUGGUUGGCUGUCUAUAACUUGCGGGAAUCAAGAAACAGCAAUAUGGUUGAUUAAUAAAAUACCUGAAAUAAGUAGAAACACAAAAAUUAAUCUUAAAGAAUUAAAGGAGACUUUAAAUCCUGAAUUAGUGAUUGUAUAUUUUCCACAAAGUUUAGGGGAAUCUACCAGCAAAAUCCUAAGACGUAUUUCGGCACAAAAUUUUGAUCUUAUGAUAUCUAGUUGGAAAAUACUAAAAAGAAAAACUGUUAGUAAUAUGGUUCAACUUACUAUUCUUGUAGAUGCAGAAUCUAUUAAAAAACUUAAGGAAAUCAAUUACAGACUUAAUUGGCGUUUUGGAUAUGUAUAUGUUCGUGUUCUAAAUAAAAUGAAAAAACACCUUCAAACAAUUUUUGUCAGAACUACGGAGAAAGGAAAUAGCUCAUUCCUUAAUCCUUUUAAAAUUGAACCAGACAAAUGUACACUGAACUUUAAUGAAGAUAAUCAUAAUAAAAAAAUUGAACAAAGUAAAGCUUGCGUUAACGAAGUAGAAUGCCCAAAGGGUCCAAUUGAUUUUAUAUUUAAAUGAAAUUAAGUUCAUUAUUAAAACUUUGAUUUAUUAAAAUGUUGAAAAAAUUAAUAAAGACUUGAAAUUUUGAAA